CCACUCCCCGCUGCCAGGAAGACGCGCCGCGGCCCAGAAAGCGCUGAGAAACGCACAGAUUUAGCCGGGGAGAGCGGUCCGGAGGACGGGGUCUGGAGGCGAUGAGCACGCCCGCGAUGGACGGAGGGCACCCGGGGCACCGGACGUCGGAUCGGGGCUCGAACCCGGAGCUGUAACCGCCGCGGUUUGUUUUCAUUGUGUGCUGGGUGGCGCCGGAGAAGAGGAUGCCUCCGCGGCCGCAGACGCUGCUUCUGCUCCCGUCGAAAAGCUCCAUUAUUUCCCGACACGCACCGGCCUUUCUCUCCUCUCUGACGCCGAGGAGCGCGCUGAUUUCUGAAGGACCCCGUCCACCAUGCUGCCCGCUCAGGACCCAUGAAAACUCUCAAUGAAAACAAGGAGGAGGAGGAGGAGGGGGGGUCCGGCUGCAGCGCCAUGGAGGACAAGGAGAACAAUCUGAAAACGGCCAGGCUGUGGAGGGAUGCCGCCCUCCGCUCGAGGAAGCUGCGGAGCAACCUGCGCCAGCUCACGCUCUGCUCCAAAAACAACCAGAUCACACUGCCGGAGGACAUAGCCGAGGUGGAGGUGCUCAAUCUGGGCAACAACUCCCUGCAGGAGCUGCCAGACGGGCUGGGAUCCACCCUCAACAACCUGCGCACCCUCGUCCUCCGCAGGAACAAGUUCACGGCGGUCCCCUGGGUGGUGUUCGAGCUGGGGCUGCUGCUGGAGCUCGACAUGAGCCACAACUGCCUGCGGAGCCUCUCCGAGGGGGUGGGUCAGCUGAGGGGGCUGAAGAAGCUAUGCAUCAGCCACAACAAAAUCCAGUAUCUGCCGGCUCAGAUCGGAGCGCUUCAGCUCUUGGAGGAACUGGACAUCAGCUUCAACGACCUGCACGAUCUCCCCAGGUCCUUCUCCGGCCUCACCAGGCUGCGGACUCUGGAUGCAGAUCACAACAAGCUGAACCAGUUCCCCCCUGAGAUCCUGGCCCUCGGUGAGCUGGAGGAACUGGACUGCUCCGGGAACAAGUUCGAGGCGCUCCCAGCAGACAUCAUGAGGCUGCAGUCCAUUAAAAUCCUGUGGCUCAGCAGCCUACACAUGUCCGCCUUACCUGACGCGUUCUGUCACCUGCACAACCUGGAGAGCCUGAUGCUGGACGGGAACAGCCUCGCGGUGCUGCCGCCCUCUUUCGGAAAUCUGCAGAGACUCAAAAUGGUCAACCUGUCCUCUAACGAGUUGGAGAGCUUCCCCGAGGUCAUUUUAGGCAUCACGGGGCUGGAGGAACUUUACCUGAGCAGGAAUAAACUGACGCACAUUCCCGAGGAAAUAGGUCAGCUGGUGAAGCUGGUCAACCUCUGGCUGGACAAUAACAACAUCACCUAUCUGCCUGACUCCAUCGUGGAGCUGGAGAGGUUGGAGGAACUCGUUUUACAGGGGAACCAAAUAGCCAUACUUCCAGAUCAUUUUGGAAAGCUGUCCAGAGUGAACAUAUGGAAGGUGAAGGACAACCCUCUCAUCCAGCCCCCGUACGAGGUGUGCAUGAAGGGGAUCCCUUACAUCGCAGCCUAUCAGAAGGAGCUGGCCCAUUCCCAGCUCGCCGUGAAGCCGCGACUGAAGCUGGUCCUGAUGGGGAUGAGGAACGCCGGGAAAACCUGGCUCCGGCAGAGCGUGGUGAGCAGACAGCAGGACGCUCGAGGAAUCCAGCCAAACAGAGGGAUUGAAGUCACUAACUGGGUGGCGGACGCUGACCGCUGUCUCACAUUUCUGGUGUAUGAUCUGUCAGGGAAGCAAAACUACGACCUCAUCAAACCCUUUUUUCUCUCCCCCGGUGCUCUCUACAUUCUCGUCGUCAAUCUCAAAACAUAUUCGCCCAAGAACUUUUACGCCCACGUCGGGUGUUUCCUCCACCUCCUCGGUGCCAAAGUACCCCACGCCGUCGUGUGCCUGGUGGGCACGCAUGCGGACCUGUGCGGAGAGGUGGAGGUAGAGGAGAAGACUCUGGACAUCCACAGACAGAUCGGCCUGCAGGAGAAGAGGGACAUCCAGAGCCUGAGGAGCGUGGCUCUGCAGGUGGACCAGGCGCUGGAGCAGGGCUACAACGUCCGCACCUCCAGCCCUCACGUCGUCUUCUACGGCGUCUCGGACAGGAACCUGAGGCGGAGGAAGGCCCAGCUGCAGUACAUGCUGAACCACCGGCUGCAGAUCCUGUCUCCCGUCCUGAGUGUCAGCUGCACGGAGACGCAGAGGAACAUCCAGAGGCUGCGGGAGAAGCUCAUGUCUGUCGCAGACCACAGGGAGAUCUUCCCCAACCUCCACCGGGUGCUGCCCAAGUCCUGGCAGAUGCUGGAGGAGUUGCACUUUAAGCCCAAAGACUUGUGGCUCUCGUGGUGGGACUCGGCCCGUCUGGGCCUCCAGGCGGGGCUCACAGAGGACCGGCUGCAGAGCGCCUUAUCCUACCUGCACGAGAGCGGGAAGCUGCUGUACUUUGAGGACAGCCUCACUCUAAAGGAGUACGUUUUUCACAACCUCCCACGGUUCAUCGCGAUUCUUAACGUCUUCUUCCAGAGGGACGAGUCCACGCUGUUGGACCGGCUCCUGUCUGAGGGGGAGAGGGGGGACAAGGGGCGGGUGAGUCUGGUUAUAGAGGACGAGAAGGGAGAGAACCUCAGGGUGACCCAUCUGCAGCACCACGUGGAGGGCUUCCUCCAGCACGGCCUUUUGCCCUCCAACGUCAUCCGCCUGCUCCUCAGACCGCUCAUCCAGACGCAGCAGGACCUCCACCUCAUCAUGGAGCUCCUGGAGAAGAUGGGCAUCUGCUACUGCAUCAACAAACCCCGCAGCAAGCCUCUGAACGGGGCCACGGCGUGGUACAAGUUCCCCAGCUACGUCAGCAGCGAGGAGCCGCGGGCGGAGGCCUCGGCCGGCGGGGGCUCUCUGCCUCACUGUCACUUCUUCUCUGUGGAGCAGCUGCACGUCCAGUACAGCUUCCCCUUCCUGUUUCCUCCCGGUCUGUUCGCCCGCUUCAGUGUGCAGAUCAACAGCCACGUGGUCCAGAGGUCGGACGGCAGGCGCCAGAUCUUGGCCUACCGAGGUAAAGUCCCCGUGGUGAUCAGCCACCGGCCCCCCCAGGGGAAGCUGCAGGCGGAGACUCUGUCCAUCGCCAGCCACGCCUCUCUGCCUAACAUCUGGACGGCGUGGCAGGCCAUCACUCCGUUGGUGGAGGAGCUGAAUGUGCUGCUGCAGGAGUGGCCCGGCCUGCACUACUCUGUACAUAUUCUCUGUUCCAAGUGCCUGAAGAGAGGGUCAUCCAGCCCACACGCCUUCCCAGUCAGAAAACUGUCUCGACUUUCUACCGCACACACGGCGGUCAGUAGUGAGUCAGUUCGCUUUGGUGAAAGUGAUGAAGAUGAGGAACCAGAUUCCGUCAGCAGAGGCGAAUCCCUGCAGCAGAUCGGGGACAAGCGCCAGGAUUUCUCUGGGAAACCAGAGGCCGGAGACGUCGAUGUUCACUCUGAACGCUGUUUUUGUUGAACUGACAAAGGCUUCACAGAUUGUUAGAUAAUGGUUUCAGCUCUGAAACAGAAGGUCUUUUAUGCCGCUGACACGGUCUCGGUCUUACUGUCAGUGAGCUAGACCAGGACUUCAGGCCGCAGCAUGUCAUCGCUGAAUAAACCAGCUGCUUGCACUUCACUAAAGCCCUGCCGCUGAGAGGGGCCUGGAGGCGGACUCUGUGGGGCAGACCCCCUACCGGUCGCAUCGGGAGUGGAAGCUGCCGGCUGCUGCUUGUCGUGUUUACCCUCCACAUCUCCAGCAGUGCUCUGUCCACGAAGACACCGAAAGACACACUGUCCAGGAUGGUGAGGAGUCAAAGACACGUGGAUGUUUUUACAGACGCAACGAUUAUUCUAUUAAUACAUAAGUCGAUCGACAGAAAAUGAAUAAUCAGACAAGAGUUAGGUCAUUUUUCAAGAAAAAAGGCAAACGUUCACUGGUUCUCUCACACGUGAGGAUCUGCUGCUUGUCUUGGUCUGACGUUACUGUAAAUGUCAGUUUUCAGGGGUUUGAGCGCAGUGAAUCAAAAGCCAAAAUGAAACUCGACAUGUCCGGAUGAGUAGUUAUCUGAGAGGACGUGUGAAGAAGCCUGAGGACGGUUUGGUGGAGCGGUUGAAUUUCGAUAUUGGGAGUAUCAGUCGUCCCAAAGCGUGAACGAGGGAAAAGGAGACACAGGAUGAACGACGUGUCUGAACAGAGCAAAUCCGUCCGUGCUCACUGAGUCAGAGUCAGACGCAUUAUCGAACUGAGAAUGAACCGAGUCGACGUCACGAGGAAAAAGCAAAGGGUUGUAAAGUGUUUGAGAAAACGCUUUCACCCCGGGUCUCUUUCUGUGGCUGUGCUGGAGCUUUCGAUCAUGUCACACGGCCUUCCUCAUCAACUAUAGAUUGUCCGGCC